AGGGGAGAACUGAAGUAAACAUUUCAUUUUCAAUUUCACAUCCAGAAAUCCCCAAUUUCUCUCUCCACGUUCUUGUGAAGCCGAAACCCUAAAUUUUUCCAACAUGAAUUUCUUCAAAUCCGUCUUUGCAGAUGAACCAGAACUGCCCAAGACGGAUUCCGAUUCCGAUUCUUCCCAAAUGGGGGAAGAACCAGAAAAUCCAGAGCCGGAUUCGUCUCCUAAUCAACCAAAUGCGAACCCCGAGACUAAACCUAGUACUGAUAUAGCCGGUGCUUGGAGCUUCGGGAGUCUGAUAAAAACCCUUGCAACUAAGUCCGAAUCGGUGAUCGACACUUACCGUCGUGAUCUCCAAGAGUUCGGCACAGGUCUGAAGAAGGAGAUCGAAGUGGCGCAGGGGUCGCUCGAGACCGUGACACACGCCAUUGAUGAGUUUGGAAGCACCGUGCUAAAAGGAACCGCGCAGAUCAUCUCCCAAGGUAAGGACGCAAUCCUAGCCGCUGAUAACGAAUCCGAUUCAUCCGACACCAAUAGCAGUAAGAAUCAUGGUGCUCAUCGGAGUUUGAGCUCGAAACGAUACAGCCGAUUCGAAUCUCAGAUUAGCGCAAUUCAAGGUGAUGCGAAUACGUACUGCGAGGAACCGGAGGAUGUGGAAGAAUACAGAAAGUGGAAGUUAGGGUUUGUUCUAGAUGAGAAGAGAGAGGAAAUGAAGAGAUUGUUGGAGGAGAAUGGGUCCAUGGAGAGUGUAUACAAUAAGGUUGUUCCUAAUACUGUCGAUCAGGAGACCUUCUGGUCUAGGUAUUUCUAUAAAGUGCACAAGCUUAAGCAAGCUGAGGAUGUGAGGGCUAAUCUUGUGAAGAGAGCGAUUUCGAGGGAAGAGGAGGAGGAGUUAAGUUGGGAUGUUGAUGAUGAUGAGAUGGAGGACAGCAUUAGUUCAGGUUCCAAGAUGUGGUCGAAGGAGAAUGAAAUAGUGGGUAACAAAGAUUCCGUGGAAAUUGUUGAAUCCCAAGUUGGAAACUCUGUAGUUGUCAGCGAAGUUAACAACGGGGCAUCCAAGGUUGAGAAAGAUUCACCAUCGGGCAAUAGAGUCUCUGAGCAAAUAGUUAAAGAGGAGAUUUUGGUUAAAGAAUCAGGGCAUGAAAGGUCUGGUGUUGCAGAUGAAAACGUGCAUUCUGAGAGUAAUCCUGGGUUGGUUAAGGAAGAUUUCGAUUUGAAAUCUGGUGAGAAAUCGGAAGGGAAGGCUGCUGCUUCUGCAACUACCGCGGGGGAAUCAAGUAAUAAAAGCAGUGAAAAUUCAGUUAUAGCCAGCCAGGCUUCUGUAGCUGAUGAAGAAGACAUGGGAUGGGAUGAGAUUGAGGAUCUGAGUAGUAUUGAUGAGAAGAAAGUGACCCACAGUGGAAGCCCUAAUCGUGCUGAACUGCGGAAGCGGCUGAGUGCUGCAGAGGAAGAUGAAGACUUGAGUUGGGAUAUUGAUGAUGAUGAUGAUGAUGAGCCGGCUAAAGCUUGAUCUGAACUUUGAUUGUCAAGUUUAAAUCUUUUUCAUUUCACUGCAUUGUACUCUUUUUUUUUUUUUUUCCUUUCUAAACUUCGUCCAUAUUGGAUAUUUAUUAUGAAGUUUAAGAAACAUAGAAAUUUGGGAGCUUUUUUUUUUUUUUUUUUCUUCUUUUUAACCCUUUUGAUUUGGUUUUGACUGCAAAUAUGUUUCAUUAUUAUGUACUUGUAAGUGUUAAUAGCUCAAAGUUUGAGCAACUGUAAUAAUAUUCCUCUUUUUCGUUCC